CACGAAAAUUAUUUAAUAAUAAUAAACUUGUCGGGAUACAUUUCCUGAUUUUCUGUAUUCCCAUUAUCGCUCACUUUCCACAGUAGAGACUUCGAACCAGUCUCCCUUCUUCUCUCCAGCUCCACCGACUCUCCCCAUUCUCCUUCCCCAUUCGCCCUUACUCUUCUUCCUAUUUACAAUUGUGUCCCUCCCUCCAUCACUUUCUUAAUGAGAUCUUAGUAUCAAACGCCAUUGUAAAGUUGUUAACAGUGAAAUCUCCGCUACAGUUGAGAAUGCUGGAGCGGUGCUUCGGAGUGCGGCGGGUCCGCCAGAUCCAGAGGGCGGCGCGCCACGGAACGGUGACGUUUCUGUGCCUCUUCAUGACCGUCGUGGUUCUCCGCGGCACAAUCGGCGCCGGGAAGUUCGGGACUCCCGAGCAGGACUUCAACGACAUCCGCGAGCGUUUCUACUCGCACAACCGGCGCGUGGAGCCCCACCGUGUCCUCGAGGAGGUGGAGACGACGGCGGCGGCGGCCCAGAACGACAACGCCGACUCCAACAACUACGCCACUUUCGACAUAUCGAAAAUCCUCAAGGACGAGGAAGGCGGCGCCGACGAGAAGAGGGAUCCGAACGCGCCGUAUUCGCUGGGUCCGAAAAUCUCGGACUGGGACGAGCAGCGGGCCGGGUGGUUGAAGCAGAACCCGAAUUUCCGGAACUUCGUCGGGCCCACUAAGCCCAGAGUCUUGUUAGUAACCGGGUCGUCGCCGAAGCCGUGCGAGAAUCCGGUCGGCGACCACUACCUGCUGAAAUCGAUCAAGAACAAAAUCGACUACUGCAGGAUCCACGGAAUCGAGAUCUUCUACAAUUUUGCUCUGUUGGACGCGGAAAUGGCCGGGUUUUGGGCCAAGCUGCCGUUGAUCCGGAAGCUACUGCUGUCCCACCCGGAAGUCGAGUUUCUAUGGUGGAUGGACAGUGACGCUAUGUUCACCGACAUGGCGUUUGAGGUGCCGUGGGAGAGAUACAAGGACCACAAUUUCGUGAUGCACGGAUGGAACGAAAUGGUGUACGAUGAUAAAAACUGGAUCGGGUUGAAUACCGGAAGUUUCUUGCUAAGGAAUUGCCAGUGGUCGCUGGAUCUGUUGGAUGCGUGGGCUCCGAUGGGCCCGAAGGGGAAGAUAAGGGACGAGGCGGGUAAGGUUUUGACCAAUGCGCUGAAGGGCCGGCCGGUUUUCGAAGCCGACGAUCAGUCCGCCAUGGUUUAUUUACUUGCUACGGGGAGAGAGAGGUGGGGGGAGAAAGUGUACUUGGAAAAUCAUUACUACUUGCACGGUUACUGGGGCAUUUUGGUGGACAGGUAUGAGGAGUUUAUAGAAAAUUACCAUCCUGGGCUCGGCGACCACCGGUGGCCGCUGGUGACGCAUUUCGUGGGGUGCAAGCCGUGCGGGAAGUUCGGGGAUUAUCCGGUGGAGAGGUGCCUGAAGCAAAUGGACAGGGCUUACAAUUUUGGUGAUAAUCAAGUGUUGCAGAUGUAUGGUUUUACUCAUAAGUCGUUGGCGAGUAGGAGAGUGAAGAGGAUUAGGAAUGAGAGUAGUACUCCGCUUGAAUUGAAAGAUGAGCUUGGGUUGCUUCACCCUCCUUUCAAGGCUAUCAAGCUAUCAUCAUGAUCUUCAUCUUCUUCUUCUUGAUGUUCUGCACUUCUGUGUAACUUUUCUUUUGUUAUUUUCAUUUAUUUAUUUAAGGUAAUAACACAGGUUAAUUUUGUAAUAUUUUUGCUAUUUCUAAUUCAAUUGGUGUUGUUGCUUUAUGGGAUUGUGUUAGUGGUCACUGUGAACUUUGGACUAAAGAUUGGAUUUAUCUUUGGUUUCUUGGAAACAAGGAUAUGUAAAUGUUACGAGUGCCAGUGGUGUAUAUAUUUUAGAUUUGGAUUUA